AUGGGACCACGUCGGUCGUCAUUAGUAUCUUACCAGGCAAUGCAGCCAUCAUUCGCAGACCCGUUCCGCAGAAAUAGCCCACCCUCAAUCAAAUUCAAGCGUAAGGGUGCCUUCCGGGCCGGAAUCAGCCUUGGUGAAGCACAAGCCAAUGUUCGAUUGGCCGGGUACGAUUCGUACACCUUCAAUGACCUCGGUGUUGACCAUCGAGGCAAGGUCUACGUGAAGAUCACGUGGCCUGGAUAUUCAGCACUCAAUUACGAGAUACCUGUUGAUGGUUAUGGGGGUCUCGUUGACCUUCAGUCGUUGACGCGAAGAAUCGGGCGUGCGGCUGCACAUUACUUUCAGGCCAACAUCAUUUCCAUACCAUGGGAUCGUAUCGAGCUAUCACAGAUGGAUCAAGUGAAUAUGGGCACAUGGCUUCUCAAGAUGACCACCAACUGA